AUGUUAACAGCGGAUACGGGCUCUCCGCAAAGGGAUGCUCAUACGGCAUUAGUUACCAAUGACAAUGUGUCGCAUAGACGAACUAAACACGAGGAACCGAGUGAACCUCGUGUCAAAAAUGAAAAAGACGCGCUUAGCUAUGAAGAUAGACAUUACGUUCCGAAGAUGGAUGAACGUCGCGCAAAGGAACGCGAAGACGAACUGAAAAAGUCGCAAAAGAAACGCGAAGAAGCACAAUUGGACCCUAAAGAACAAUUUCGACGCCUUAUGGAAACACGAUCUGGUGGCACAUAUAUCCCUCCUGCUAAGUUUCGAGCUUUGCAGGCUCAGUUUACUGACGAAAAUACCCCAGAGUACCAACGAAUGUACUGGGAAGCUCUUAAGAAAUCCAUUAAUGGAUUAAUUAACAAGGUCAGUGCAAGCAACUUAAAAGAAAUCGUCCCUGAGCUAUUCCGGGAAAAUAUCAUUAGAGGAAGAGCCUUGUAUUGUCGAAGUAUUAUGAAAGCACAGGCAGCUUCGCUACCAUUUACACCCAUCUACGCAGCUAUGACUGCAAUUAUUAAUACUAAGCUUCCUCAAAUUGGCGAGCUCUUACUUACACGACUUAUUGUUCAAUUUAGAAAAUCCUUCCGCCGAAAUGACAAGUCAAUGUGUUUAUCGUCUAGUGCUUUUCUUGCCCAUUUGAUUAAUAAUAAGGUUGCACACGAAAUCGUGGGUCUACAAAUACUUGCGGUCUUGUUGGAACGACCUACUUCGGAUUCAGUCGAAAUAGCUGUCGGUUUCUUACGUGAAGUAGGUGCUUUUUUGGCUGAUGUUUCUCCGCGUGCAAACAACGGAAUUUUUGAACGCUUGCGUACAAUUCUACAUGACGGCGAUAUCGAUAAGCGUGUACAAUACAUGAUCGAAGUACUUUUUCAAGUGCGGAAAGACAAGUACAAGGAUAAUCCCACCAUUCCAGAAGAGUUAGACCUUGUUGAAGAAGAGGAUCAAAUUACGCACUACAUAAGUUUGGAUGACGAACUUGAUGUUCAAGAAGAACUUGGCAUUUUCCGGUUUGAUCCUGACUUUCGUAAAAACGAAGAUCGGUAUACUGCUAUUAAAAACGAAAUAUUGGGCGAGGGCAGCGAGGAGGAAUCGGGUUCUGAAGUCUCUGGAUCCGAAGAUUCCAGCGAAGAGGAAGAGUCGGAUGAAGAGGAUGAAGAGGCGACUGGAAAAUUGUCAGUAAAAGAUGAGACUGGCGCGAAUUUAGUAAACUUGCGAAAAUCCAUCUACUUGACAAUUAUGUCUUCCGUUGACUUCGACGAAUGUUGUCACAAGCUGCUUAAAGUCCAGUUGCCCGAGAAUCAAGAAAUUGAAAUGGUAAACAUGAUCAUUGAAUGUAACAGUCAAGAACGCACAUACGCAAAGUUUUAUGGAAUGAUUGGCGAGCGAUUUUGCAAAAUCGGUUUACAAUGGCAAACAACGUUUGAGAAAGCCUUCACUACCUACUACAGUACAAUCCAUCGUUAUGAAACGAACCGGUUGAGGAACAUAGCACUCUUUUUUGCUCACCUAUUGUCUACAAACUCUAUAUCAUGGCAAGUUUUGGAAUGUGUUCGGUUAACGGAGGAAGACACGACGGCAUCGUCUCGUAUCUUCCUCAAGGUUAUGUUUCAAGAAAUUAUGGAAGCUAUUGGGCUGCCAAAACUCAUUGAGGUGUUGAAUGACCCAGAACUGCAGGAAUCCUUCUCCGGUAUUUUCCCCAAAGACACGUCUGCCAAUAGGAGGAGUCGGAUUCUGAAAGUUACUCUUCUGCUUCCACUUAUUCUCAUGCUUCUUCCUGUACAACAUGUCGCGGACGUUCUCGUUCACGAAAGCUAUUCACGCUCAAUUUCUCGUUCUCGCAGCUACUCUCGAUCGAUUUCUAGUUCUCGUUCUCGUUCACGGUCUCGUUCCCGGUCCCGAUCUCAGUCCUAUUCUCGCUCCCCAUCCAUAUCACCCUCCCGCUCUCGCCGUCGCGCGUCCUACUCACGUUCCCCUUCUUACCAUUCUCGCUCACCUAGCCGUAGCCGAAGUUAUUCGCGUUCGCCAUCCCCAUACAGUACGAGACGCGGGCGUUCUCCGUACCGGUCACCUUCCAACUCUCGCUCUCGUUCACGUUCUCGGAGUCGGACUCCUCUCUCGCGGUCGCCGAUUCCUCCUCAGACCACUAGAGAGUCAUCAUUGUCUCCAUAUAGCCGUCGACUGCUACUGACCGAGGGCCGACAACAAUUGCCUACAAAAAAUGAACCCCGUGCCCAACACGGACGAAUGAUGGACUCGUAUCGUCCAGCAAGAGCGAAAAAGAGCGAGCAACGCACUCGUUCACCCUACAACCGUCGGUACGACAGACGCGAACGGUACCAGCGCGAGCACUCUCUUUCGUCGGAGCAUUCUCGUUCUCCUGAACCAGCAAUGAAGCGCUCCAAGAGCACCAGGCAACGUGGUUUUGAUGAACGCGGCAGCACACGGCGACCAUCACCUCCAGCGUCACCAAAGGCUCCAUGGAUUCAUUCACCGAAUGAAUCACCAAGUCGAGCAAACAAACGCGGUCGCUACGAAAAAUGA